GUAAUUAGUCAUAAAUGGGUGAUUCACAUAACAGGAUGUCUGUCCCACUGGUGUCUGAGUUGUUCACCAAUUGGAUCAACUCAUCGGAGAUCACAUUACAAGAGGUAGUGGGCAGCGGUACGUACGGUGUGGUCAAUAAAGGACUUUGGAGGGGACAGGAGGUGGCGGUAAAGCAGAUAAAGCCUGAACACCACCAGGCCUUCGAGACUGAAUUAAAACAACUGUCCCGUGUGUCGGCUCACCCUAAUAUAGUCAGCCUAUUGGGUGCCAUAAGAGACAAUGGAUUCGUGUCACUGGUUAUGGAGUUUGCCAGAGGGGGCAGUCUUUACAAAGUCCUACAUUCCGAUGUACCGGUGCUCUACAGUUUGUCUGACGCUAUAUCAUGGGUCCAUCAGUGCGCGAGUGGUGUCGCAUACCUGCACUCAAUGCAACCCAAGGCUAUAGUUCAUAGGGACCUCAAGUCACCCAAUAAGUCACCAUAUGAAUCGAUCGAUUUAAUAACCGGUUUCUUGGGAAAGCAGAUUCUGGGUUAUGAACUAUUGGGUUCGGCCCGAUGGAUGGCACCGGAAGUGUUUGAAAGUAGCAAAUACACGGAAAAGUGUGACGUCUAUAGUUGGGCCAUAAUAUUGUGGGAAGUGUUGGCCAGACGUAUCCCAUUUGAUUGGUUAGAAAACGUAGAUUUGGUUAUAUUAUUGGCCGCCCAUAAUGGGAAACGUCCGCCCUUUUUGCAUAACUGUCCCCAAGUCAUCUUAAAUCUUAUGACAGGGUGUUGGUCUAAAGACCCAGCUAUUAGACCCUCGAUGGCUGAGGUGGUGGUCCGGAUGGGACAGGUAGCCAAGGGUAUGAACCAUUCAAAUGGUAUGUGGUUUUAA